CAGAAGAAAAGAUUAGACAAUUAGAGAAGAAAGUAAAUGAAUUGGUAGAAGAAAGCUGUAUUGCCAACAGUUGUGGAGACUUAAAAUUGGCCUUAGAAAAGGCAAAAGAUGCGGGAAGAAAAGAGAGAGUCUUGGUGAGACAACGAGAACAAGUUACAACUCCAGAAAAUAUCAAUUUGGAUUUAACUUACUCAGUUCUUUUCAACUUGGCUAGUCAAUAUUCAGCUAAUGAAAUGUAUGCUGAAGCACUAAACACAUAUCAAGUUAUAGUGAAAAAUAAGAUGUUUAGCAAUGCAGGGAGAUUGAAAGUGAAUAUGGGAAAUAUUUAUUUAAAGCAAAGAAAUUAUUCCAAAGCCAUUAAAUUCUACCGAAUGGCACUAGAUCAAAUUCCAAGUGUCCAUAAAGAAAUGAGGAUUAAAAUCAUGCAGAACAUUGGUGUUACAUUUAUAAAAACUGGUCAGUAUUCAGAUGCCAUUAAUUCAUUUGAGCACAUCAUGAGUAUGGCACCAAAUCUGAAGGCAGGUUUCAACCUAAUUCUUAGUUACUUUGCUGUUGGAGAUCGAGACAAAAUGAAGAAGGCAUUUCAAAAAUUGAUUGCUGUUCCAUUAGAAAUUGAUGAAGAUGAUAAAUAUAUUUCACCAAGUGAUGAUCCACAUACUAACUUAGUGAUUGAAGCUAUAAAAAAUGAUCAUCUAAGGCAAAUGGAACGUGAAAGGAAAGCCAUGGCAGAAAAAUACAUCAUGACAGCUGCAAAACUCAUUGCUCCUGUAAUUGAAACAUCUUUUGCUGUAGGUUAUGAUUGGUGUGUUGAAGUUGUGAAAGCUUCUCAAUAUGUAGAGUUAGCAAAUGAUCUGGAAAUAAACAAAGCAAUUACAUACUUGAGACAAAAGGACUUCAACCAAGCUGUAGAGACCUUAAAAAUGUUUGAAAAAAAGGACAGUAGAGUGAAAAGUGCAGCUGCAACCAACCUCUCAUUUCUUUAUUAUUUGGAAAAUGAAUUUACACAAGCCAGCAGCUAUGCAGAUUUAGCUGUAAACUCUGAUAGAUAUAAUCCCUCAGCUCUGACUAAUAAAGGGAAUACAGUUUUUGCAAAUGGUGAUUAUGAGAAAGCAGCUGAAUUCUAUAAAGAGGCUCUAAGAAAUGAUUCUUCUUGUACUGAAGCACUUUAUAAUAUCGGCCUUACCUAUAAGAGGCUAAACCGGCUCGAUGAAGCUUUGGAUUGUUUCCUGAAACUUCAUGCAAUCUUGAGAAACAGUGCCCAAGUUCUUUACCAGAUAGCAAAUGUAUAUGAAUUAAUGGAGGAUCCCAAUCAAGCUAUUGAAUGGUUAAUGCAAUUGAUCAGUGUUGUUCCAACGGAUUCUAGAGCUUUGUCGAAACUAGGAGAAUUAUAUGAUAGUGAAGGAGAUAAAUCCCAAGCAUUUCAAUAUUACUAUGAGUCGUACAGGUAUUUCCCCUCUAACAUUGAAGUCAUUGAGUGGCUUGGAGCCUAUUACAUUGACACCCAGUUUUGUGAAAAAGCUAUUCAAUACUUCGAAAGAGCUUCUCUUAUACAGCCUACACAAGUGAAAUGGCAGCUGAUGGUGGCUAGUUGUUUUAGAAGAAGUGGUAACUACCAAAAAGCAUUAGAUACUUAUAAGGAAAUUCACAGAAAGUUUCCAGAAAAUGUUGAAUGUCUGCGUUUCUUGGUUCGUCUCUGCACAGAUAUUGGAUUAAAAGAAGUUCAAGAAUAUGCAACAAAACUCAAGAGAUUGGAAAAAAUGAAAGAAAUAAGAGAACAGCGCAUAAAGUCUGGCAGAGACAGCAGUGGGGGCUCCCGCGGCAGAAGAGAGGGGAGUGCCGGCAGUGAUAGUGGCCAGAACUGUAGUGCCAGUAGUAAAGGUGAACGACUAAGUGCCAAACUCAGAGCUUUACCCGGGACAAAUGAACCUUAUGAAAGUAGCAGUAACAAAGAAAUAGGCAAGUGCUGGUGUUCCCCGCCCAGUUCCUACAGGCAUAACAGGUCUGGGAAAUAUGCGAUGCCUCCUAUGUGGAUCCACUUGGCCCUCAAGCAGAAAGACCAAAAACUGCAGCCAAAAAAAGAAUCGACGAGGAUGAUUUUGCAGAUGAAGAAUUAGGAGAUGAUUUGCUUCCUGAAUAAUAUACACUUUAAAGUUUUACUUACUAAAGGAAAGAAAUUGCCUUACAAGAUAAUACUUACGUGAAACUUUGGAUUAAACACACAAAUUUUAAUUUUGUAUACUGUCAAAACCUUAAAUAAGUGUAUUCUCUUCUAUGAGAUGGGUCUGUUUUGUUUUGUUUGAAAUAAAGAAUGUGAAACUAC